GUAGGUGCGCGAAGGUGCUCGGCAGCCGCGGCCCAGCUCCUGCGGCUCGCCCGUAUAGCCGCGCCGCCCGCGGCCGGCAGGGUGCGCUCUCCGCGGAGCCUGUCCUGCUCCCGGCCUGCCAGCGCCUGCGCCUGCGCGGGGCUUCCGCCGCUCGGCGAAGGGGGAGAGCCGCCCCACUGCGGCGCCCUGGGACUAAGAUGGCAGCGGCGGCCCGGCUGGGCUGGGGAGCUGCGGCUGCUGCCGCGGGGCUGCGUAGGCGAUUCUGUCCUAUGAUGAAUCCAUACAUCAUUAAGAAACAGCUUCUGCAUCAGUUCGUACAAAGACCACUUUUCCUACUGCCUACAACCUUAUAUAACACAGUGAGACACAUGUUUAUUCAAACACAAGAUACCCCCAAUCCCAACAGUUUAAAGUUUAUUCCAGGAAAACCAGUUCUUGAGACAAGGACCAUGGAUUUUCCCACACCAGCUGCAGCAUUUCGCUCCCCUCUGGCUAGGCAGUUAUUUAGAAUUGAAGGAGUAAAAAGUGUCUUUUUUGGACCAGAUUUCAUCACUGUUACAAAGGAAAGUGAAGAGUUAGACUGGAAUUUACUGAAACCAGAUAUUUAUGCAACAAUCAUGGAUUUCUUUGCUUCUGGCUUACCCUUAGUUACUGAGGAAACAUCUUCAGGAGAAGCAGGAUCUGAAGAAGAUGAUGAAGUUGUGGCAAUGAUUAAGGAAUUGUUAGAUACUAGAAUACGGCCAACUGUGCAGGAAGAUGGAGGAGACGUUAUCUAUAAAGGCUUUGAAGAUGGCAUUGUACAGCUGAAACUCCAAGGUUCUUGUACCAGCUGCCCCAGUUCAAUCAUUACUCUGAAAAAUGGAAUUCAGAACAUGCUGCAAUUUUAUAUUCCAGAAGUAGAGGGUGUAGAACAGGUUAUGGAUGAUGAAUCAGAUGAAAAAGAAGCAAACUCACCUUAAAAUAAUUAGAAUUUUCUUUGGGCCCAGCAGUUGGACUUAUUGAUAAUAUAUACCAAGCUUUUAUUAUUAAUCUGCUAAGGAACUUGAGGAUUAAUAAAAUAUGCCCCUUUUUUGGAGACUGAUAUAUAAACAUUGCAAUGUUUGCUUUACCUCAUAUGAGUUAUUUAUAACAUCCUGAAUCAUCCUCUGUACACGUGGAUUUUAUCCAGGGAUAUUUUAAUGUUUGUUCUUUAUUUCUCAUGGUUCCUUCUUUGCAUAAUGUAUGAAGCAGUUCAUUUUCCCUCAUUUAAUUUAUUUACUUUUUUUAUACAGAAGUAAAUGAGGAGAAUGCUUAUAAAAAUACUCUAAAAUGG